AUGGUGGUUUUAUUCAUUUUGCUGAUGGCUCUGCUUCCUCCCAUGGAAUGCAAGACUCACGCGGUUCAGUGCAAUAUCUAUUACCCACAGCCUCCACUUCACAAAUAUCAUCAAUUUGGAGACUUCAUAAUUGGUGGAAUUGCUUAUCAUGCUGGUGCCAUUGUCAGUGAACUAGCCUUCAGGGAAGAACCCCUGCCAACAUUGACAGAACCAUUUGUCAUAGUCCCUAAGCAUUACCAGCACAUCCUGGCUUUGGCAUUCACAGUCAAAGAGAUCAAUGAAAACCCUCACCUCUUACCCAAUCUCACUUUGGGCUUCCACAUCUAUGACAGCUAUAGCAAUGCAAGGAGGACUUACCAUGCCACAAUGCUACUUUUAUCCUCACAGGAAAGAUUUAUCCCUAACUACAUAUGUGAGCAACAGAAAAAUCUAAUAGCAGUCAUUGGGGGAGUGGAUGCCCAAAUUUCCAUCAACGUAGCAACGGUCUUGAAUAACUAUAAGGUUCCACAGAGAGGUGUCUGCUUUGACUUUAUAAAAAGAAUUCCUAUGGUUAUGUCCACCUCUGAAUUGGAUGAAAUUCUUGAAGAUGGAUUAAAAAUACAUAAUGAACUUAUGAAUAGUACAGCCAAUGUGGUUUUAUUUUAUGGUGAAUCUUAUUCCAUGGUGACUUUGAGAUGGAUUCCAUAUUUUGCAGAACAGCCACCAAGUCUACCAAAAGGUAUAGUGUGGCUAACAACAGCUGAAAUGGAGCUCACUUCACAGCUCUAUCAAAAGAAUUGGGACACAGAAAUAUUCCAUGGUGUCUUGUCCUUCACAAUCCAUUCCAAUGACGUACCAGCAUUCAAAGCAUUUGUUGAGAGCCAGAAUCCUUUAAGCACAAAAGGAGAUGGUUUCAUCAGAGACUUCUGGCAACAGGCCUUUGACUGUGUAUUUGCAGAUUCAAAUGUGGAAGAUGUGAAGGGGAAUAUUUGUACUGGGGAGGAGAAACUAGAGAGCCUUCCUGCUCCAUUCUUUGAGGUGAGCAUGAAUGGCCACAGCUACAGCAUCUACAAUGCUGUCAGCGCUGUAGCCCAUGCUUUGCAUUACAUGUCUUCAACUAGAUUCAAAUAUCAAGCAAUGGAAAGAAGAGGUGGAUGGAGGUACCAGAAUCAACAGUUGUGGCAGCUACAUAAUUUUCUCAGACGUGUCUCUUUUAACAACAGUGUUGGAGACAAGAUUUCCUUUGAUGAGUAUGGGGAGUUAGUGGCUGGAUUUGAUGUGAUCAACUGGAUUGUUUCCUCAAACCAAUCAUUUCAUAGAGUGAAGGUUGGGAAUGUUCAUCCCAACCAAGGGUUGACCAUCAGUGGGGAUGCCAUAACUUGGCCCAACUAUUUUAACAAGAAUACAACAUCAUUACACAUCAAACAAAAGCCAUUAAACAUAAUUCAGAUAAACAUAAUUUCUACAGAAUAUGUUACAGAAUGCAAGACUCACACGGUUCAGUGCAAUAUCUAUUACCCACAGCCUCCACUUCACAAAUAUCAUCAGUUUGGAGACUUCAUAAUUGGUGGAAUUGCUUAUCAUGCUGGUGCCAUUGUCAGUGAACUAGCCUUCAGCGAAGAACCCCUGCCAACAUUGACAGACCCAUUUGUCAUAGUCCCUAAGCAUUAUCAGCACAUCCUGGCUUUGGCAUUCACAGUCAAAGAGAUCAAUGAAAACCCUCACCUCUUACCCAAUCUCACUUUGGGCUUCCACAUCUAUGACAGCUAUAGCAAUGCAAGGAGGACUUAUCAUGCCACAAUGCUACUUUUAUCCUCACAGGAAAGAUUUAUCCCUAACUACAUACGUGAGCAACAGAAAAAUCUAAUAGCAGUCAUUGGGGGAGUGGAUGCCCAAAUUUCCAUCAACGUAGCAACGGUCUUGAAUAACUAUAAGGUUCCACAGCUACAUAGUUUUCUCAGACGUGUCUCUUUUAACAACAGUGUUGGAGACAAGAUUUCCUUUGAUGAGUAUGGGGAUUUAGUGGCUGGAUUUGAUGUGAUCAACUGGAUUGUUUCCUCAAACCAAUCAUUUCAUAGAGUGAAGGUUGGGAAUGUUGAUCCCAAACAAGGAUUGACCAUCAGUGGGGAUGCCAUAACUUGGCCUAAUCAUUUUAACCAGUCUCAGCCUUUUUCCUUAUGUACUGAGAGUUGCCAGCCCGGAACUAGGAAAAGAGUGAAAGAUGGGGAGCCAUUUUGCUGUUAUGAUUGCAUCCCAUGUCCAGAAGGGAAGAUUUCGGCUCAGGAGGACAUGAAUGAGUGUAAUAUAUGCUCAGAAGAAAAAUAUCCAAAUAAUAAUCAUGAUAUGUGUAUUCCCAGGAAAAUAACCUUUUUGUCCUAUGAAGAACCUCUGGGCAUCAGUUUAGCCUGCUUUGCUUUUGCUUUUUCCUUCAUCACAGCUUUGGUCCUGGGAACAUUUUUGAAGCACCACCACACACCUAUUGUCAAAGCAAACAACAAAGACCUCACUUACAUGCUUCUUAUUUCUCUCCUGCUCUGCUUCCUUUCUGCAUUGCUUUUCAUUGGAUGGCCUGAAAAAGUUGUUUGCCUCUUCCGACAAACUGCUUUUGGCACCAUCUUUUCAGUGGCUGUUUCUUGUGUGUUGGCAAAAACCAUGACAGUGGUAUUAGCUUUCAUGGCCACCAAGCCAGGAUCUACGAUGAGGUGGGUGGGGAAGAGACUGGCUAUUGCCAUUGUGGUUUCCUGUUCUUUUAUUCAAGGAGGCAUCUGUACUGUGUGGCUGGCAUCCUCGCCCCCAUUCCCAGAUGUUGACAUGAACUCAAUGGUUCAAGAAAUUGUACUGGAAUGUAAUGAGGGAUCUGUGUCUAUGUUUUACUGUGUCCUGGGCUACAUGGGUUUCCUGGCUAUUAUCAGCUUCACUGUGGCUUUCCUUGCCAGGAAGUUACCUGACAGUUUCAAUGAAGCCAAGUUCAUCACUUUCAGCAUGUUGGUCUUUUGCAGUGUUUGGCUGUCCUUUAUCCCCUCCUACCUCAGUACCAGGGGGAAAUACAUGGUUGCAGUGGAGAUCUUUUCUAUCUUAGCAUCCAGUGCUGGUCUUCUGGCUUGCAUCUUUGCCCCAAAAUGCUACAUAAUUGUGUUGCGGCCUGAGCUGAAUGAAAGGGAACAUCUGAUAAGAAAUAAGACCUGA